UUCUUAUGUGGAAGGCAAUAUUCUCACAAUUUUCCAGCAGACAAAAGGGAUAUUCAGAAGAACGAUUUAAAGAAUAUCACGGUACGUGUCACGAGGAGAAUCUCUGGCAUGCAUUGCAGGUACAUAGAGAGAGAAAGAAAAAAGGGGCGGGAAGAAGAGAAUCUGCAGAAAAGGUUAUGGUUGGAGUCUUGUACGAGAAGACUGAUUUUAGAAAGUGA